CCUCCCUCCGCCGCGGACGCCGGGACUCAGCCAAUUAGCUACCGCUCCCAGCCUGAGGACCCAGAGAGCCUCACGCCACGUCGGAAGUGACGCACCUGCGUGCUGACGCGCGCUGAGCCGAGGCCCGAUUCCGCGCCCGCCAUGGCCGACAAGAUGGACAUGUCUUUGGACGAUAUCAUUAAACUGAACCGGAGCCAGCGCGGCGGCCGUGGCGGCGGUCGGGGCCGCGGCCGGGUCGGCUCCCAAGGUGGUCGCGGAGGACUACAGGCCGCCGCGCGGGUGAACCGAGGCGGCGGGCCCAUCCGGAACCGGCCCACCAUCGCCCGCGGUGCGGCCGGCGGUGGCGGCAGAAACCGACCGGCUCCCUACAGCAGGCCCAAACAGCUUCCAGACAAGUGGCAGCACGACCUUUUCGACAGUGGCUUUGGGGGUGGAGCCGGCGUGGAGACGGGUGGGAAACUGCUAGUGUCAAAUCUGGAUUUCGGAGUGUCGGAUGCUGAUAUACAGGAACUCUUUGCUGAAUUUGGGACGUUGAAGAAGGCUGCUGUGCACUAUGACCGCUCAGGCCGCAGCUUAGGGACAGCAGACGUGCACUUUGAAAGGAAGGCAGAUGCCCUGAAAGCAAUGAAGCAAUACAAUGGUGUCCCUCUGGAUGGCCGACCCAUGAACAUUCAACUCGUCACCUCACAAAUCGACACACAGAGGAGACCUGCACAGAGAUCCUUUCUCCUUACUAGCUUAAACAGAGGCGGAAUGACCAGAAACCGCGGCACUGGAGCCUUCGGUGGCACCCGGAGAGGUGCCCGAGGAGGCACACGGGGCAGAGGAAGAGGCGCUGGUAGGAGUUCCAAGCAGCAACUUUCUGCAGAGGAGCUAGAUGCCCAGCUGGAUGCCUACAAUGCCAGAAUGGACACCAGCUAAACAUAUGAGCAGAUCCACGCGGGAACAGACCCAGACUUCCCACCUGUGCUUCCUGGAUGAGACCACAGACUGGGGCUGCGCAGCCAAUGACGGAUUUGUUUCUUUUAUGUUUUAAAAUAGGAUUUAAAAACUCAUGUAAAGGUUUUUUCUUUUACUUUUUUUUUUUUUUUAAUUCUGAAACAGACCUGUUUUGUACCGAGUUAUUUUUGGGAUAAAUUUUACUGGUUGCUGUUGUGGAAGAGGUGGCGUUUCCACCUUUGCCAUAAUAAAUAGAAUUGUGUGUAGAACUAUAA